GGUUUGCACCUCAGAAUGACCGCGUAUUUUUUGUGUUAUUCGUGUAGUGAGUUUUUUUUUUGUUGAGCCGGAUGGCUUGUUGAACGCCGUAUGUUGUGUUUUGUUUUGAUUUGAAAUCAGAUAUUCAUAGCUAAUAAAUAACUUGAAGAAGCCAUACAUGGUUACGUGAUUAUGUUGUUGUAUAGUGAAAAUCAGUGUUAAAAUUGAAUGUUCUAGAGAUUUAUUAAUUAUGUUUCAUCAUAUUUGAUAUGUAUCUUUGAACACAGCGGUCACCAAAACUCCAACUCCCAGUGAUCUCUAUAAAAUAACAUAAAAUGCAGCACUCACUGUCGAGCUCGACAAAUCUGAUGUUCAUCAUGCCUUCCGAGGACAGCGAAGUCGAGUGCAACGAAGAAAAUGUCGUCAUAGACGAAAUAACCGAAUCGGAGCCCACAUCAGUUAUCCUACGCUUCUGUAAAAAAGAGUUUCUCCGGCCGUUCGUGUGUAUCCUGGGCCUGGUUGGACUGCGGCCAAAUGCCGUCGACCGGGACCUGGCCACCCUGCUGGGACACUUGCAGUCGAUCACGGUGCUGGCGUUGCUCCUCGCAGGCUACGUGCUGCAGUAUCUGUCCGGAUUUCGCCGAGACCGCGGUUUCCUCGAUCCGGAACAACAGCUCACCUACGGUGGUGGCCACCAAUCAUCCGGGCCCGCUGCUCCACCGACCAACAGCACAACGCAACCCACCGCCGCCAUUACGAAGACAAUGCUGGUCAACACCGGGGAAAUGAUAUUCAUUUACAUCAUCCCGGCCCUGCUCCAUCUCGGCGGUUUCGUAAUGGCAGCUUACAUUUACCGGUUCGCCGAUAACGAACAAUUGCAGUGUCUAAUUGAAAGGGUUUUCAUCCUAUGCAGCAAGCCCCGCCGACUGGUGGCAACUUUGUGGGUUUACUUUGGCCUCGGAACGCUCUGGCUGGCCGGUUCCGUCGUGUAUAUCGGGAUGUUGGUGCUGCAGCCGACCACCACCCCAACCAAUCCAACGACCGCCAAACUACCCCCACUGCUGGAUGACGUCCUUGGACCGGACUACACCCGGGGUCUGCUCUGCGUGGCGCUGCUCUUCCACGACCUGGUCCAGAUGGUCGUCAUCGUCAGCUACAGCCUGAUGUGCUUCCUGCUGCGCUGCUAUCUCCGGGGGUUGAAGGCAAAGCUGCUGCUGCACACAAUCGAACCGCUGAACUGGAUGAGGGAGAUUUGCGAAUUUCGGAAGCUGCUGCAUCAUUUGAACACGCGAAUUUCGCUGCCGGUGGCCUGUCUGACGCUGCUGAACCUCAGCUACACGCUGUCCAGCGUAACCCACCUCGUGCAGGACAUCAACGCGUGCCCGAUCCGGGUGUUCAGCUUCACCAUCGCCAACGUGCUGCUGUGGAUGGUCAUCUCGCUGACGCCCUUCUUUCAGGCAGCCUCCCUCACCGUCACCUGCCGGCAAACCCAGUCCUGCGGCCACCUGAUCAGCAUCCGGCCCUUCGUCCACCGGAACACCUCGUCCGAGGAGCUCAACACGGUGCUGCUGUACGCGUCCUCGCUGCAAAUGUCCGCCCAGCUGUUCCGGGUGCCCAUCAACGCGCACUACCUCUGCUUCCUGGUGCUCGUCUGCGUGAUUGCCCUGCUCACCUUUGGCAUGUGCCUCAGCCUCGCGUUGGGCGGUUGAAAUUUAAACAAAAGUGAAGGGCCCACUCAACGUUACAUUAACCAACGUUAAUCAGCCUAAGGGGCCACUUUUUUUAUUGGCUCGCUGUGCAAUUGUUGCCUUUGCUUUCAAUUGAUCCAAUUGUGUUACAAAUAACACACUGACUGCUACAAAGGAAAUUUUUCAUAUUCGAAUUCGUUUGUAUGCACUCUGU